AUGACAGUGGAGGAACUCCAUGAUGAAAUCAGUGCCAUUGAGGCCAUAUACCCUGGCCAGGUGGAGGGUGUGGCUCCCCAGGUCUACAGUUUUACUAUUCCUCCAUACGAGGCAUUGAAAAUCCAGAUGAACUUUCCAAGCACAUACCCCGAAGUCAAGCCAGAGGUGCUACAGAUUCUAAGCAAAGACCCAAGGACGUUUCCCGAUGAACGAUACAUAGAGCAGCAGGUCCAGGAGGUGAUAGAAAGGAUUUUUCAGCCGGGACUUGUGUGCAUUUUCGAGAUGAUCUCCGAGCUCGAGGAGUUCUUGGAGCGGUAUGUCAGAGAGCAUGCGGUCAUAGAAGAGAAGCAAACCACUCCAACAUCGCCCCAGCAACCGGUGCUGGAGCCACAAGCUGUGGCAAAGGAGAUACCGAAGGUGCAGACGAAUUCUGUGCAGAAAGUGGUCGAUCCAUUGGCUGGGUGGAUCCAAUCCGAACCUUUGGUGGACAGAGGGUCUUCAUUUAUAGCAUUUGUACGUGAAGUACACUCGGUGGAGGAGGCUACACAGUACGUAGAUUUGUUGACCACCGAUAGGAAAAUCGUGAGGGCCACUCAUAAUAUUACUAGUUGGAGAAUAAAGGGCCAGAAUGGCGUGCAAUACCAGGACUGUGACGAUGACGGCGAGACUGCAGCAGGAGGACGACUCCUACACUUGCUUACAAUGAUGGAUGUGUGGAAUGUGGUGGUGGUGGUCAGUCGUUGGUUCGGAGGAACCCAUCUUGGCCCUGACCGGUUCAAGCAUAUCAACUCUGUAGCCAGAGAGGCCGUUCUAAAAGCAGGCAUCGCCAAUGGGGAAGUAAGCGGUUCAGACAGGAAAAAGAAGAAGUAG